AUGAGAAUCUUCUAUCUGGCCACCAGUCGUAGUGUCAAGCGUCUUGAAGGCAUCAACAACUACAGUCAAGGUUCAAUGGAUGGCGGAUUUGUAGGCCUGACGAUCACGCAGAGUAUCGGUCUCACCGGCAUGUUCCAGUGGGGCACGCGUCAGAGCGCAGGAUUGGAGAACCAAAUGACUUCGGUGGAGCGUAUCCUUGAGUACAACAAAGUGGACAGCGAGCCUCCUAUCGAAAGUGCUCCUGGUAAAAAGCCCAAGUCCGAAUGGCCGCAGGAAGGCAAGAUCGAGUUCAAGAACGUAUUUUUGCGCUACGCGCCGCUGGAGCCGCCGGUACUUAAGAAUCUUAACUUCGUUAUCUUUCCGCGGGAGAAAAUUGGCAUCGUUGGUAGAACCGGCGCUGGCAAGUCAUCCUUAAUCCAGGCGCUCUUCCGCCUAUCCGACAUGGACGGUCUGAUUGAGAUCGAUGAAGUCGACACAAGCCAGAUAGGCUUGCACGAUUUGCGCUCCAAGAUCAGUAUUAUCCCUCAAGAACCAUUCCUGUUCUCUGGCAGCCUGAGACGGAACCUCGAUCCGUUCGACUCGUAUAUGGACGAACCACUAUGGCGAGUUCUUGAGGAGGUCGAGUUGAAGGAGAUGGGCUUGGAAGCCCACAUCAAUGAGGGCGGCUCCAAUCUCAGCGUCCGCCAACGGCAAUUGGUCUACUUGGCACGAGCUAUUGUGAGGAACAAUCCAAUACUCGUGCUGGACGAGGCGACCGCGAAUGUGGACCUGCGAACAGACGAACUCAUCCAGACAACUAUGAAGAAAAAAUUCGAGAAGUGUACAGUGCUAACAAUUGCUCAUCGACUCAACACCGUUAUGGACAGCGAUCGUAUGGCUGUCCAAUGGCGAUGA